AUGACGAUACUAAUGAUGCUUCGAGCAGCAUCAGCAGAGACCUUGCGACAGCUGACCCCUCUCCCCCCGCAGGGUCGAGUCCUUCAGGGAGUGGUCCUCCUCGCCCUGGUCGCGUCGAGCCUCGCCACCUACGGCAGCAGGAUACGGGGAGGAACCUCAGGAGGCGCGCCCGGAGGUUUCUCGGUGGGCGGCGGCGCCAGCAGAGCCUACGCCGGGAGCAGGAGCUUGAGCCUCUCCGGCGCAGCGAGCCACAGCGUGCCCUCCGCCGGCUCUCCCAGUGCCAUUUCCUUUGUUCAGUUCGGCUCCGCCAAAGCCGGCAGCGGAGGCGGAAGCCCUCGCGGCGGCAGCGCCUUCGUCGGUUCCUUCGGCGUCGGAGGGAGCGCUGGCGUCCUCAGACCCUCCCCCGGUGGGGGCGGUGGUGGAUAUGGCUCCUCCCUGGCCGGGGGAGGCCUGGGAGGACCCGUAGGUAGAGCAGGUGGAAACAGCGGUGGAUAUGGCGGUUCUUCCACUGGAGCAAGUGGAGGCAGCAGUGGCGGAUUCAGUGGAGCAGAUGGAAGCAGCGGUGGAUAUGGCGGUUCUUCCACUGGAUCAAGUGGAGGCAGCAGUGGCGGAUUCAGUGGAGCAGGUGGAAGCAGCGGUGGAUAUGGCAGUUCUUCCACUGGAUCAAGUGGAGCCAGCAGUGGUGGAUUCAGUGGAGCAGGUGGAAGUAGCGGUGGAUAUGGCAGUUCUUCCACUGGAUCAGGUGGAGGCAGCAGUGGCGGAUUCAGUGGAGGUGGAGGCAGCAGUGGUGGAUUCGGUGGAUCAGGUGGAAGCAACAGUGGUGGAUUCUGGAGCAGCAGUGGUGGAUUCGGUGGAAGUGGUGGAGGCGUUGAUAUGUAUGGUGGAUCAGGUGGAUCAGGUGGAAGCAGCAGUGGUGGAUUAGGUGGAGCAAGUGGAAUGGAGCCGGUGGAUAUGGUGGUUCUUCCACUGGAUCAAGUGAGGCAGCAGUGUGGAUUCGGUGGAUCAGGUGGAAGCAGUGGUGGAUAUGGUGGUUCUUCCACUGGAUCAAGUGGAGGCAGCAGUGGUGGAUUCGGUGUGGAAGCUAGUGGGUGGAUAUGGAUGGUUCUUCCAGUGGAUCAAGGUGGAAGCAGCAGUGGUGGAUUAGGUGGAGCAGGUGGAAGCAGCGGUGGAUAUGGUGGUUCUUCCACUGGAUCAAGUGGAGGCAGCAGUGUUGGAUUCGGUGGAUCAGGUGGAAGCAGUGGUGGAUAUGGUGGUUCUUCCACUGGGUCAAAUGGAAGCAGCAGUGUUGGAUUCGGUGGAUCAGGUGGAAGCAGUGGUGGAAGUGGUGGAGGCGUUGAUAUGUAUGGUGGAUCAGGUGGAUCAGGUGGAAGCAGCAGUGGUGGAUUAGGUGGAGCAGGUGGAAGCAGCGGUGGAUAUGGUGGUUCUUCCACUGGAUCAAGUGGAGGCAGCAGUGUUGGAUUCGGUGGAGCAGGUGGAAGUGGUGGAGGCGUUGAUAUGUAUGGUGGAUCAGGUGGAUCAGGUGGAAGCAGUGGUGGAUAUGGUGGUUCUUCCAUUGGAUCAAGUGGAGGCAGCAGUGGUGGAUCCGGUGGAUCGUUAGUGGAGGCAGCAGUGGGAGGCAGCAGUGGUGGAUUCGGUGGAUCAGAUGGAAGCAGUGGUGGA